AGGGAGAGAGGCAUCCUGGGAGGUGGAGUCCAGGCCAGCAGGCGGAAGGAAGGAAGAAGGAAGGAAGAAGGGAAGAUGGCAAGAAGGGAGGCUGGCGGAAGGUAGGUGCGCGACGGGACGGUGAAGGCGGUGAAGGAUGAAGUUUUCCUGCCUCUCCUUCCGGCAGCCGUACGCGGGGCUGGUUCUGGGCGGGAUCAAGACCCUCGAGACGCGCUGGAGGCCGCUCUUGGCCGAGCACCGGGACCGCACCCUGGCCGUCCACAUCGCGGUCAAAGACUGGGACGACGAGACCUGGAAGGACAUCCUCACCCACAGGCUCGGCAUGACGCACAGCCGCCUUGAAGAGCUGCUCAAUGCGGGAGAGAAGUUUGGCAGAGGGGUCGUGGCAGGCCUAAUUGACAUUGGAGAGACAUCGCAGUGCCCUUCCCACUUACCUCCGGCAGACCUUUUGGCCCUGGAAAACCAAGCCGUGCUGUCAGGCCUGGAGCAGAAAUACUUGACUGCGAUUUCCAAUGCCCGGUGGCUGCUGGAGCCCAUUCCCGCCCGAGGACACAAGGACAUCUGGCAGGUAGACAUCCCGGAGGAACUGAUUCCUUCCGCGGAGACCCCGUGACGUUGCCGUCUUUCUGGUUGUCCCUUGGCCCUCUGUUUUCAGCAGGAAAGACCCUCCCCAUAAUUGUAUUAGCAGCAGGGUGACCCAGCACCAGUACCCAAAAGUGAUAAAACACACAGACCAAUGUGAUCUCUUCCUCUGGAGACUUUUCUUUGUAGCAACAUAAUAUGGUUGCACUAUUUGCAAUAACAAGGUUUCCAUAACACAAGUAAAGUUCUUUAUAGUUUA